AUGUCUUCGGAACAGUUGACGCUAGCAGAUUCAAUUAGAAAAGUUCAUCAAGAUUUACGCCGAGAUGUCCAUCAAACACCUGAAGCAGCAGAAUCGAUUUGGAAUGCACAUGUUGCUAAUUUUGAUAAAUUGAAUGAAUAUGCUCAAUCAAUGCGGCAACUAGCUGAGCACCAUUGGGCGGACAAAGCACACGGGCAAACACGCUUGACUUGGUGUUAUCAAACGAUAAAAGAUUAUUUUCAUGGUAAAGAUAUCAGCGGUCUUCAAAGAAGACGUGCCCGCGACCAACGAAAACAAAUCACGCACGAGAUAUGUUCAAAUUGUCAAAUUCGAAUUGAACAUGGUAUUCAGAAGCCACGUGUACUAGAUGUCGGAAGUUGUUACAACGCAUUUUCUCAAUAUGAAGAUCUGGAAACUGUUGCUAUUGACAUAGCGCCAGCUGACAAAUCAGUGCAUCGUAUCGAUUUUCUCCGUACACCUCAGCCUCCUUUAAUAUGUACUCAUUCAUUCGAUACGAUUGUUUUUUCGCUUGUUCUGGAUUAUUUGCCAACGUGUGGUCAACGUCUUUCAGCUUGUCUCAUUGCUCAUCAGCUACUGACAUGCUUUGGAUUACUGCUAAUCGUCGAGCCGGACUCGUCACUACGUGGAAAUCGACAGGCAGCAUGGCGGCAAGCUCUUGAAUCUAUCGGUUUUGGUUUAGUAUCAUGUGUGAAAGCAACGAACCUGCAUUGCAUGGCCUUUCGAAAACUAAGUUUAUCGAAUGAAAUGAAUGUGAAUGAUUGUACGCGAAUAGCACAACUUUUGAAUAUCCCUCAAGAUGACGAAUCACUCGAAACUGACCGACAAUCAGUUGAUAUUGAUCAAAAACUCUUCGAUGAACUUCCAUUUUUCGUCGAUUAG